ACAUGUUUCCUGUUUGUGCUUCGGUUGCAUGCUCUAAGCUAAGUUAACUAAACUGGAGUUGUUUUAGAGCCAUAAAGGCUCAGAUAAAGGUUUCUCCAUGGCUGUAGGUGGUUGUUUGAAUCUUUUAAGUGUCCCGACUCGGAGCGCUUAGCUGCUGCGGAAGGAAGUUUUUAUUCGGCUGGUUUUUCAUCGUAAUAACAACGUUGUUGGGGCGUUUUGAAAUCGGCACCAUGGCCCAGCUGGAGCAGUGGGUGAACGACCGUCUGCACGACAUCCUCGGGCUGAGCGACAGAUACGUUUCCCAGUUCAUGAUCGGCGUCGCUCGCAAAGCGUCGAGCGCCGAGGACUUUGUGAGCCGCCUUGAGCAGACGGGAACGAUUGACAUCGACCAGAGCGUCUCCGCCUUCGCAAAGGAGCUCUUUGAAAAGAUUCCUCGGCGACAGGUGGUUGAGAAACCGUCCAGAGCCAUCGAGCGAGAGGCCAUAGAGAUGGAGAGGAAGAAUCGGACCUACACGCUACUGGAGGACAGCGACAGCGGCGAAGAGGCGGUGGGAGAGAAACAGAGAGGCAAGAAGAAAAGCAAAGACAAGGAGAGAGGAAACAAGAGGAAGAACAUCAGACAGAAGAAAGCCAGCGAGUCGUCGGGUGACGAUGAAACGUCAAAGAGGGGCAGUUCUCUCCAGGAGGAGCACAAAUCUGUCAAGAAAGAAGAGGAGGAAGAGGAGGAGUGGGAGAAGGAGGAGAGGGAGCGCCUGCAGGACAUCGAGGAGAGAGAUGCUUUCGCUCUGAGAGUGAGGGAGAAAGACAAAGACAAGACGCGGAACAUCGCCGAGCGCACCGAUAAAAAGGCUUACGAAGAAGCUCAGAAACGGCUAAAAAUGGCUGAAGAUGAUCAGAAGAACAUGUUGCCGGAGCUGCGGAAGCGUUCUCGCUGGGACUAUUUAAAGAAAAGAGAGGCCGAGAAGCUGGAGGACCUGGAGGCAGAGAUCAUAGACGACGAGUAUCUCUUCUCCAAGGAGGAGCUGACGGAGAGGGAGAGGAAGGAACUGGAAUACAAGCGCACCCUCCGGGACCUGGCUAAGGACUACAAGAAGGCCGGAGCCAAGGAGCAGGAAGAGAGGAAGAACAGAUACUACAUGCCGGAAGAGAAGAGGAGCAAGGAGGUGCCCCAGAGGGAGCUGGAGCUGGAGGAAACCCCCAUGGAGCUGGGAGGAGAGCAGGGCCGCUGGGAGGAGGAGAGGCUGAAGACGGCCUCCCUCAGCUUCGGAGCCAAGAAGGAGCGAGAGCUGGGUCUGAAGCAGGAGCAGGAGAGGUACCAGCUGGUCCUGGAGGAGGAGGAGAUGAUCGACUUCGUCAGCACGGCUAUCACCAUGAAGGGAACCCGCGCGGAGAAGGAGGAGGAGGAGCCGGCGCUGUCUCAGGCCGAGCUGAAGAAGCGCUCCAUGCAGGAGGUCCGCCGCAGCCUCCCCAUCUUCCCCUACAGAGAAGACCUGCUGGCCGCCAUCAAGGAGCACCAGAUCCUGGUCAUCGAGGGGGAGACGGGCUCAGGAAAAACCACGCAGAUCCCCCAGUACCUGCUGGAAGACGGCUACACUAAUGGAGGGAUGAAGAUCGGCUGCACGCAGCCUCGCAGGGUGGCGGCCAUGUCUGUGGCGGCUCGAGUGGCCGAGGAGAUGAGCGUGAAGCUCGGUAACGAGGUGGGCUACAGCAUUCGCUUUGAGGACUGCACCUCUGAGCGGACCGUGGUGAAGUACAUGACGGACGGCAUGCUGCUGAGGGAGUUUCUGACAGAACCCGACCUGGCCAGCUACAGCGUGGUCAUCAUCGAUGAAGCCCACGAGCGAACGCUCCACACCGACAUCCUCUUCGGGCUCAUCAAGGACAUCGCUCGCUUCCGACCCGACCUGAAGGUUCUGGUGGCGAGCGCCACGCUGGACACGGAGCGCUUCUCCUGCUUCUUCGAUGACGCUCCUGUUUUCAGGAUUCCCGGCAGGAGGUUCCCCGUCGAUAUUUUCUACACUAAAGCUCCGGAGGCCGAUUACCUGGAUGCCUGCGUGGUUUCAGUGCUGCAGAUUCACGUCACCCAGCCUCCCGGGGACAUCCUGGUCUUCCUCACCGGACAGGAGGAGAUCGAAGCGUGCUGCGAGAUGCUGCAGGAGAGAUGCCGGCGUCUCGGGUCCAAGAUCGCCGAGCUGGUGGUCCUCCCCAUCUACGCCAACCUGCCGUCCGACAUGCAGGCCAAGAUCUUCAGCCCGACUCCUCCUGGAGCCCGGAAGGUGGUGGUGGCCACCAACAUCGCAGAAACCUCGCUGACCAUAGACGGCAUCAUCUACGUCAUCGACCCCGGCUUCUGCAAGCAGAAGAGCUACAACGCGCGCACCGGCAUGGAGUCGCUCAUCGUCACGCCCUGCUCACGCGCGUCGGCCAAUCAGAGAGCAGGACGAGCAGGCAGAGUGGCUGCUGGGAAAUGUUUCCGCCUCUACACGGCCUGGGCCUUCAAACACGAGAUGGAGGAGACGACGGUGCCCGAGAUCCAGAGGACCAACCUGGGAAACGUGGUCCUGCUGCUGAAGAGUUUAGGAAUCAAUGAUCUCAUCCACUUUGACUUCAUGGACCCGCCUCCCCAUGAGACGCUGGUUCUGGCCUUGGAGCAGCUCUACGCUUUGGGAGCUCUGAACCAUCUAGGAGAGCUCACAAAGCUGGGGCGAAGGAUGGCCGAGUUACCGGUGGAUCCGAUGCUGAGCAAAAUGAUCCUGGCCUCUGAACAGUACAAGUGUUCAGAGGAAGUGUUGACCAUCGCAGCCAUGCUCUCGGUGAACAACUCCAUUUUCUACCGGCCCAAAGACAAAGUGGUGCACGCCGACAACGCCAGGAUGAACUUCGUGGUGCCGGGCGGAGACCACAUGGUGCUGCUCAACGUCUACACACAGUGGGUGGAGAGCGGUUUCUCCACGCAGUGGUGCUACGAGAACUUCAUCCAGUUCCGCUCCAUGAGGAGAGCCCGGGACGUCCGGGAUCAGCUGGAGGGUCUGAUGGAGCGCAUCGAGGUGGAGGUGGUCAGCUGCAACGGAGACAACAUGCCCAUUCGCAAGGCGGUGACGGCCGGCUACUUCUACCACACGGCUCGGCUCAGUAAAGGCGGCUACAAGACGGUGAAGCACCAGCAGACGGUCUACGUCCACCCCAACAGCUCGCUGUUCGAGGAGCAGCCCCGCUGGCUCAUCUACCACGAGCUCGUCUUCACCACCAAGGAGUUCAUGAGACAGGUGAUAGAGAUCGACAGCGGCUGGCUGCUGGAAGUGGCCCCUCACUACUACAAAAGCAAGGAGCUGGAGGACAGCAGCAGCAAGAAGAUGCCGCGGAAGCAGGGCAAAGCCAAGGAGGAGCUGGGCUGAGGCCGGCCGAGCGGCGCCGGGGGACCCGCUGGGUCUUCUCAGCCGUAGAACCCUGCAGAGGUUAUCAUGGAGAAAAGAGUGUCAAGGAAAAAGUGGGGCACGCACUUCCUGACGGGUUUAAUCAUAAACCAGCCGGGUCAGUUAGGAGGAAGCGUUGAGACUGGGUUUGUCUGCUCGGUGACAAACACGCGGCGUCCCUCUCAUAAAAACAGAGACUUUAUCGAUCUUCUGUAACUCGGCUCUGUGUGAGGCUGAAGAAUCAGUCUCUCCUUUAUCUGUUGUAAUAAAGUUUUAUAAUCA